UCGCACAACUGAGAAUUGCUUAAUCUUACCAAAUAAAAGUCGUUCAGCCCGUUCACUGUACACAGCUGUUUACAGACUCUACCUGGUGUUUCUCCAAAACCAUGGCGAUCUUGACUGUUGCAUUGCUUCUUGGGCUUUUGUUGGCCACAGAUGGAGUAUGUAAAACUGCAGCUCAAAAGUAUUUCCCAUCUGAGUGGUCUGCAUACGGAAUCAGAAAAUUCAAGUUCUUCGAAACAAAAUUGACAUGGGCUGAUGCAGAGGCUGAGUGUUUAAAACAUGGUGGGAAUCUUGCUUCAAUUCACGGCUCUGAAGAAAAUGCCUUCAUACUGAAUCUCAUUAAAAAAGGCGCUGGCUCUAUCCUGCGUACCUGGAUAGGCGGCCAUGAUACUGUAAAAGAAGGAAGAUGGUUCUGGAGUGAUGGAUCCAAAAUGAACUUCCAGAACUGGGGAAAAAAUGAACCCAAUAACCACCUGUUGGGAGAAGACUGCCUUGAAAUUAUUUAUGGAGACGAUCUCAAAUGGAAUGAUAUCCCAUGCAGUUCAACCAGGUCAUUUGUUUGUGCCAGGACCUGAAGAUACAGUCACUCAUAUUCAUCUGCAAAAUCUUCAAAAAGAGAGAUUUAAAAACAAAAUGAGCAUCUGUAAUCUGAACAAUACAACUUAAUAAAGCAAGCAAAGCAUGA